CACGGAGGCCCCCCCAUCCCUCCCUCUACACGCCGACCCUUCCGUCCCGUUCUUCUCUGAAAAGUGCUCGAUUGAGCAUCCACCAAGCCGGCACGUUGAGUCUGACACCGGGUCCUGAGCGACUCGUGUUCUUCCAGUGCUGCCAUUAGGGCCUGAAGACAUGUGGCAUCCAGUGGCAUCACCUGGAAGUGGGGGCAGCCCUGGAACGGAAAUAGGUUAUGGUCACUACUCUACAGGGCCGAUGAGUACAGCCCACACCCACCCCCCUUUGAUGGGCAGCAUGGUGGGUCACCCAUCAGUCAUCAGCACCUCCAGGCCCUUACCGUCCCCCAUGUCCACCUUGGGCUCACCAAUGAACGGCCUGGCCUCUCCCUAUCCAGUUAUUACAUCUUCCCUGGGCUCGCCCUCUGUAUCGCUGCAGUCUACUCCCAACAUGAACUUUGGACCACUCAGCAGUCCACAGAUGAACUCUAUGAACAGUGUUAGCAGCUCAGAGGACAUCAAGCCUCCGCCGGGCCUACAGAAUCUGGGAAACAUCAACUACCAAUGUACGAGCCCGGGAGGGAUGUCAAAGCACAUCUGUGCCAUUUGUGGGGACCGCUCCUCAGGAAAGCACUAUGGAGUAUACAGCUGUGAGGGAUGUAAAGGUUUCUUCAAGAGGACCGUGCGCAAAGAUCUCAGCUACACUUGUCGAGAUAACAAGGAGUGCCUGAUUGACAAGCNNNUUCAGGACGUUUAUAUGCUGUGUGGUUUUUUUGUGUGUCUGUGUGCAGCGGUGCAGGAAGAGAGGCAGCGUGGGAAAGAGCGGGGUGAGAAUGAGGUAGAAUCCACCAGCAGUUUCAACGAGGACAUGCCCGUGGACAAGAUCCUAGAUGCCGAGUUGGCUGUAGAACCCAAAACAGAGACGUACAGCGACGGCAGCCCCGGGAACUCGACCAAUGACCCUGUCACCAAUAUCUGCCAAGCAGCAGACAAACAGCUUUUCACCUUGGUGGAGUGGGCGAAAAGGAUCCCGCACUUCUCCGAGCUCCCCCUCGAUGACCAGGUCAUCUUACUACGAGCAGGCUGGAACGAGCUACUAAUUGCAUCAUUCUCGCAUCGCUCGGUCACGGUAAAAGACGGUAUCCUGCUGGCAACGGGUCUUCACGUCCACAGAAGCAGCGCCCACAGUGCUGGAGUUGGCUCCAUCUUUGACAGAGUACUCACAGAGUUAGUGUCUAAAAUGAAAGACAUGCAGAUGGAUAAGACGGAGCUCGGCUGCUUGCGAGCAAUCGUCCUCUUCAAUCCAGAUGCAAAAGGUUUGUCUAACCCAGCAGAGGUUGAAGGGCUGAGAGAAAAGGUCUAUGCCUCAUUGGAGUCGUAUACAAAACAGAAGUACCCGGACCAGCCUGGCAGGUUUGCCAAACUGCUGCUGCGCCUGCCUGCCCUGCGCUCCAUCGGCCUCAAAUGUUUGGAGCAUCUGUUCUUCUUCAAGCUAAUUGGGGACACGCCUAUUGACACCUUUUUGAUGGAGAUGCUGGAAGCCCCGCAUCAGAUCACAUGACACACGUCUUCCCCUUUCCCUUGUACAUACUCCCGCAUCAUGAGCGAUGUGAUGAUGGAAUUAAAAAGACUUGAUUGAAAUGUAAAACAGCUUAUUUUGUACCCAUUUAAAAAAAAUGCAAUUAAAAUGUUUUAAAAAAAAAAUGUGGUUGUGGGGAUGGUGGAGUCAUAACACGAUAAAUUCCAAUAAAGUUGGUUUGGAAUUUUGUAAAUAGCUAAUUUCAGGUGUUUGUUUCAAAAGCCACCAAAUGCAAUUUGAAAAAAAAAAAUCAUAUUUUAUUCAAAGCGGAAUUGUAUAAAACAAAAACCAUCCCUGC